AUGAAUGUGUGCACAUAAAUAAUACCCAACCAAAAAUACGCGAAUUAUAAUCACAUAAAUAAUCACCAAUACUACUCUAAUUAUAGAAAUGAGGAUUUUUAGCUUAAAGUAAUUCUUGGAGCGAAAAUGAGAAUGAUGUGCAAGAAGAAGGAAAAAAUGACAAUCAAAUACAAAGAAAGUUGGGGUAGCCUCGUAAAUGCAAAGCUCCAUAAAAUCUUAAAUUCUAAUUAUUCUCUCUCACUAAUUUCGUCAAAUUUGCCACUUUUCCCAUGCCUUGAUAAUAGCCUUUUCCAUCUUACUUCUGCAAAGGAUUGCUACAAGGAUUUGUUACCCAUAAACAUCCAGUAUUACAGACUUCACAAGUAAUUACAUAGCAAUAUUUAUUAUGUGGGGAUUCGUUCAUUCUACAUUUGUUGCUUUGCGAUUGAAUUAAACAUGAUUUCCUCACUUUUAUCGAUGACUGCAGUAUCAUUGAUUGACCUCAUUUAUUAAGAACCUUUGAAGUGGUUCUACCCACAAAAUUAUGAUUUCAUGAAACCCAUUAGGAGUAAAAUCAGCAAAAUAGAGCAAAAAAUAUGGUAGAGCUUCAACACUGAGGGUACGUUUACCCUAGAGAAAAAUGAUAGCAAAAAAGCUCUUAUUAUUUAAAGAUUUCGUUUGAGGUGCAUUGAUAAUUAUAUUGCAUUUGUUUCAGCAAUUAAAGUCCUUAAAGACCUUCAAAAAAGAGGAAUAGUAACAAAAUUUUUCACUAAAAUUGCCAAAAUGAGAGAGCCUUAAUUGGUUUUUACUGAGGACAAAUAUUUAGAAGAUGUCCCUCCCAGACCUAAUUAACCUUUCUGA